UCAAAUCCUGCCCAAACAACGGUAGAUUCCUUUCUUCUGUCAGAAAGGAACAAAGCCACGUUGUUUUAAAACGCUUUCUUCUGUUCGAUCGGCGGUAAACAAUCGCGGCGGGUGCGAAAACAAUCGGUAUUGUUUUAAUUUCGAUACAAAGUGAUUGUUUGUGUGAUUAAGUGCGGAACAAUGAGCUCGGCCGAAGACGAGUCGAGUCGGGAUGGCCUACAGCAGCAGAUCGUCGUGGAAGAGAUCGAUCAGACGGAAGAGUUGCUGCUGGUCGCCGCCGGGGACAACACCAGCGGACUCGGUCAUGAUAGCACGGGUUGUUCUGGGGAAGAUGGGGUUGUGAUUGAGGCUGGGGAAGGGGAGGGCGAGCAGCAGCAGCAGGAGGAGGAAGUGACCUCUGUAAUUAUCGAUGACCACUGGCCUAGCGGACAGAUUCUGGUCGAGGGCGUCGAUGAGUACGGCGGCACGAUCCACUUCUUCGCCGACACGCUGAGCGUCGCCAGCAACAGCGGCGGUUCCCAGUCGCCACCGCCGUCGGUAUCGGCGGCGACCAACACGACGACCACGACGACGACGGUAACCGUGAUGGAACUGCCCGACGGCGAGGAAUCCGACGAGGAGGUCAAGAAAGCCGUCGACCGGUACUACAACCAGCUGGAACUGCCGGCCAACUCUUCCGGCGAGGACGAAGAUCCGGCCGCCGAUCCGGACAAUGCCUUCCUCAACAGCUACAUGAUCCAGUACAAGAUGGAAUCGAUGCGGCAAAGCACCGGCGACGAUAUGCUGACGAUGGAGUCUGACAUGAAGGGCGGCAUACUGCACGCCACGAUGCCCCCGCAUCACGGGUCCUCGCUGCACGGGCACUCGACGUCGCCGUACGGUGCGUUGGGCUCGCUGAGUAUGAUGAACAUUGCCCAGUCGCAGUUGGGUGGCCACCAGACGCAACAUCUGGGUCACCAGCAGCAUCUGUCGCACAGCAAUAGUGGGAGUGCGUACGGCGGCCAGACGCUGAGCAAUCCGCACGGAUCUCCGCUGCAGCCGGGCUCGGGACUGAGUCCGACGACGCAGUCCAGCCAGCAGCAGACACCUCCAUCGACGGGCCUGGGCAAUCAUCACAUUACCUCGAGCGGACAGACGCAUCCGCACGGAGGUACCGUCGUGAACCACAACAAUAACAACACCAGCAAGGCGGCCCAGCAGAACGCGGAUCGCGUCAAGAGGCCAAUGAAUGCGUUCAUGGUGUGGUCUCGGGGACAGCGCCGGAAGAUGGCCUCGGAUAACCCGAAGAUGCACAACUCGGAGAUCUCCAAGCGGUUGGGCGCCCAGUGGAAGGACCUGUCCGAGACGGAGAAGCGCCCCUUUAUCGACGAAGCGAAACGGCUGCGGGCGGUGCACAUGAAGGAACACCCGGACUACAAGUACCGGCCACGUCGGAAGACGAAGACGCUGACCAAGACCAAGGAGAAGUACCCGCUGGGAGUGGGCUCGUUGCUGCAGUCUUCGAGCGAAGGCAACACGAUGCGAAACACGAGUUCGAUCUCGGCGGCCCAGCAAGCUGCGGCGGCGGCUGCGGCCAACCGUGAUAUGUACCAAAUGCCUCCCAACGGGUACAUGCCCAAUGGGUACAUGAUGCACGACCCGUCGGCGGCCGCCUACCAGUCCCAGCAGCACUACAUGAGCAAUUACCACCGCUACGACAUGGGCCAGAUGCACAACGCUGCCUCGACGGGUUCGCUCAACUCGUACAUGAACGCGACCGGCUACGGCAUGUACGGCACCGUGUCCGGCGGCCAAACCUCCCCGUACGGCCUCCAGCAACCCGGCUCGCCGUACAGCUCAAUCCAGCAACAGCCCGGCUCGCCGUACGGCCUCAACCAGCCCGGCAGCCAAAUCUCCUGCCAAAGCCAUAGUCCGAGCGAUUCCAGCGUCAAGUCCGAACCCGUCUCGCCUAGUCCAACCUCCACCAACAACAACCUGAUCAUGAAGCGAGAGUACGGCCAACCGACCGGGCCCGACCUCAGCCACCUCAUCAACAUGUACCACGUGCCGGAAAUGCAAUCCUCCGAACACCAGCGGAACCUGAUGCAGCACUACCAGCACAGUGCCUCCCCCGACCUCCAGACCCAGCAGCAGCAGCAGCAGCAGGUCCUCCGGACGAUGGCCCCCAUCUCGCACAUGUGAGACUUGGCCUCGUCGCCGCUAGCGCCGCCUCCCCAGCUAUCGCCGGUCCUCAACUCCGGCCAACUCUUCCACAACCCCUCGGCCGGCGCCACCUCCGCCAUUCAACCGCCUUCGCAAUCGUCCUCAUCCUCGUCCUCGUCACCGCUGUCGGCCUACCGCCAUCACCAGCACCAUCACCACCAUCUGCACCAUCACCACCUGAGUAACGGCGGCGGCGGUGGUGGCCUGAACGCGGCGGCCUCCUCACCCCCGCCGGAACUUCAUCACGCCGUCAGCAACUGCGUUAGUACCGAUCGCACUAAUCACCUUAUGGACAUAUCGCCACUCUAAUCCUCACUUUACUACUCCUUUAUUAUUUAAACAAAAAAACGAUUGGAACAUUUGUUAAGUUUUGUGAGCGGUUCCGGACCGCGCCGAUGUCCGGUUCGUGCAACUUUGAGGAAAGCAAAAAACAACCACUGUGUGAUAUUAUUUUCAUUCCCCAAUCCUCCCUCCUUUCUUAUUAAUGAAUUCUGUACAUUUUCUUCUUGAAUUAACUUUAUAUUUUUUAGAGAUUCGCGUUUUAGAACAAAAAAGUUGAAUUAUUUACGAUGUUUUCUUUUGUACAAAAAAAUCAAAAAACGCAAAAAAGAACCCCUUUUUACUCCCUCUCUCUUACUAAGUGAGCUAUUGUUAUUCGAUGCGUAUCCCGCUAAUUUGAGAUACACGCAAAAACGCAAAAGAACUGAAAUAAAAAUAAUGCAAAUAAAAAAAAACAACAAUCUUAAAUUAACACAUUCCGAGAGAGAGAGAAGCACAAAACUCAAUUCAACGGUCCACAAAACAACAAGAAAAAAACACAAACUUGUACAUAUAUAGUUUUUUUUCGGUUAUGCGCGCGACAGAAGGCCCAGUUUUCGCAGUGAACAAUGCUCGGUAGCGUAAGAGAAAGUCGAAUUGAAAAUUUUUAUUUUAUAAAUAAACUGAACUUAGAGAAAAAUCAA